AGUCUCUAAGGACCAGACAAAAUAGUUACUAGGACUCACUCGCACUAUACCACAAAGUGUCUGCAUAUUAAAGGGAAAUAGGAUAUCACUGCUGAUGCCUGGUCUGGUAUACAUUUCCAUCUGUUCUGUCAGGAUAUGCCGGAGGCAGACAUUUUCCCACACAGUAUUUUUAACCCUUUAUACAGGGCAUUUCUCUGUCCCUUACACCAAUUGUGAGAUCUGGUUAUGUAUCUAGAGUUUUUAGUCCCAUGUCCCUGUUUUUCUCUUGCAUGCUGAUCACCUUAGUGGGUUGCUGGAUUCACUAUACAAUACCGAUCCCGUAUAUGUACCUUGUCUUUUGCAUCAUGAGGUUUCUCCAACCCAGGAUCCUCUGCUGAUAUCUUCUAUAUAAGAGAAGUUUCCUGAUCACCAUGGAGAGAGACAGGAACAACAUGGCCGAGAAGAUAAUAGACCUCACGCUAGAGAUUCUCUUCCGGCUUACUGGAGAGGAUUACACAGUACUGAAGACAUCCUCUAGUGGGCGCUGCCGGGCCCUUGUGGGUAAAGAAUGGGUAAGAACCGUGAGCCCAAUCCCGGAAAUGGAUGAACAGAAGAUCCUAGAACUCGUCAACAAGAUGAUGGAGCUGCUGACUGGAGAGGUUCCUAUAAGGUGUCAGGACGUGGCGGUCUAUUUCUCCAUGGAGGAGUGGGAGUAUGUAGAAGGACACAAGGAUCAGUACAAGGAUCAGGUGAUGAUGGAGGAUCAGCAGCCCCUCACAUCAGCAGUCAGAUCCAGUAAGAGAACAGCAGCAGAGAGGUGUCCCCGUCCUCUUCUUCCACAGGAUCAGGUUAUGAAUCACGGUGAAUAUCGGAACUGUAUUAAUGUUACACACAUAAGGGUAAAGGAAGAAGAGACAGAUGUGAGCAGUAAUAAGCAGUAUAAGGAGGACAUUCCUACAGGGAAAGAUCUCAUCUAUAUUAAUGCUCCAGACAUAAGGGAAGAAAAAGAGACAGAUGUGAGCAGUGAUGAGCAGUAUAUGGAGGACAUUCCUACAGGGAAAGAUCUCAUCUAUAUUAAUGCUCCAGACAGAAGGGAAGAAAAAGAAACAGAUGUGAGCAGUGAUGAGCAGUAUAUGGAGGACAUUCUUAUAGGGAAAAAUCCGAUCUAUAUUAAUGCUACAGACAUAAGGGUAAAAGAAGAAGAGGAGACAGAUGUAAGCGAUGAUGAGCAGUAUAAGGAGGACAUUCCUACAAGGAAAGAUCUGACCUAUAUUAAUGCUACAGACAUAAGGGAAGAAAAAGAGACAGAUGGGAGCAGUGAUGAGCAGUCCAAGGAGGACAUUCCUACAAGGAAGGAUCUGAACAAUAUUUAUGCUGCAGACAUAAGGGAAGAAGAAACAGAUGUGAGUGGCGAUGAGCAGUAUAAGGAGGACAUUCCUACAAGGAAAGAUCUGACCUAUAUUAAUGCUACAGACAUAAGGGAAGAAAAAGAGACAGAUGGGAGCGGUGAUGAGCAAUCCAAGGAAGACAUUCCUACAAGGAAGGAUCUGAACAAUAUUAAUGCUGCAGACAUAAGGGAAGAAGAAACAGAUGGGAGCGGCGAUGAGCAGUAUAAGGAGGACAUUCCUACAGGUAACCACCCAGAUGACUGUACCAGGAGAUCAGAGGAGAAUCUUAUAUCUUCAUAUUAUAAAGCAGAUGAUGAUAUCACACAAGAUACAUAUGAAGAACAUUCCAUUAUCCCAGGUACACCCUCAGCCCUUCACAGCCAAGGGCAAAAGCCACCCCCAUGUUCAGAAUAUGGAAAAUGUUUUACUGCGCAGUCAAAUCUGGUUCAACAUCGAAGGUCUCGCACAGGGAAAAAGACCUUUUUAUGUUCAGAAUGUGAUCAAUGUUUUAUUUGUAAGUCAGAUCUUCUUAAACAUAAGAAAAUCCACACAGGAAAAAAGCUAUUUCCAUGUGCAGAAUGUGGAAAAUGUUGUUUUCGGAAGGCAGAUCUUAUUAAACAUCAAAGAAUUCACACAGGGGAGAAACCAUUUGCAUGUUCAGUAUGUGGGAAAUGUUGUGCUCAGCAGUCAGAUCUAAUUAAACAUCAAAGAAUUCAUUCAGGGGAGAAGCCAUUUGAAUGUUCAGAAUGUGGGAAGUGUUGUUCUCAGCGCUCAGAUCUUGUAAAACAUCAGAGAGUUCACACAGGAGAGAAGCCAUAUUUGUGUUCGGAAUGUGGGAAAUGUUUUGCUACAAAAUCACUUAUUGAUCAACAUCAGACAAGUCACACAGGAGUGAAUCCAUUUUCAUGUUCAGAAUGUGACAAAUGUUUUACUCGAAGAUCGUAUCUUCGUAUACAUCAAAGAACUCACAAAGGUGAGAAGCCAUUUUCAUGUUCAGAAUGUGGCAAAUGUUUUACUACGAAAUCAGGUCUUAAACAGCAUGUGAGAACCCACACAGGAGAGAAGCCAUUUUCAUGUUUGGAAUGUAGCAAAUGCUUUUCUGGUAAAUCAGAUCUUAUUAAACAUCAAAGAACGCACACGGGUGAGAAACCAUUUUCGUGUUCAGAAUGUAGCAAAAGCUUCUUUUUGAAAAAACGACUUGUUCAACAUCAAAGAACUCACACUGGGGAGAAGCCAUUUCUAUGUUCAGAAUGUGGCAAAUGCUUCACUCUAAAAUCAACUCUUGUGCAACACAAAAGAACUCACACUGGGGAGAAGCCAUUUACAUGUUCAGAAUGUGGACAAUGUUUUACUCUCAGCUCAACGCUUGUUAAACAUCUUGUUAGACAUCAAGGAACUAACUCAGAAAAUAAAUCUUUUUCAUGUUCAGAAUGUGGCAAAAGUUUCUAUCGGAAACAACAUCUUGUACAACAUCUUAGAUGUCACACGGGGGAGAAGCCAUUUUCUUGCCCAGAAUGUGGCAAAAGUUUUAGUACAAAAAGAAGUUUUGUUAACCAUCAAACAACUCACACAGGAGAGAAGCCAUUUGUAUGUUCAGAAUGUGGGAAAUGUUUUGAUGCAAAAUCAAGCCUUGAUGAACAUCAAAGAACUCACGCAGAGAAAAAGCCAUUUCUAUGUUCAGAAUGUGGAAAAAGGUUUACCUGCAGGUCACUUCUCAUUAAACAUCAAAGGACUCACACAAGAGAUUAACCAUUUCCUUUAUAUUUUUAAACUUUGUUUUUAUUGACAAAUUAUACAAGGAAAAAAUACAACUGUUACAGUUAAAGUCACAUAUCUUAUAAAAGAAGAGAAAGGGAAAACUAUUUGGAGCACUAAAUGUUUACUAAGAAAUCUCUACAGUUACCAAUAAUUCAAAUAUCAAACUGUUUGUUAAAACCUGUUACCAAUAAAAUUUUCUUUUAAAACUGUGCCAGAAAGUUAUUCCAACAAAAAUAGGUUAUUAAGCUCCAUGGGGAAUUUAGGAAGAAAGUAGGCCUGGUUUUAGUUAUCAGAAGUCACAUACUUAUGCUCAAGGCCUGCUUUGUGCAAAAAUAUUAAACUUUUUACAACAUUACUAUCAUGAACGGGGGGCAGGGAGAAGUGAGCCCUAAAGCUGUCCCUAAGUGCAUGAGCGUCAAAGUUAACAAAACAAACAGAACUGUACAUGUCGGGGAACAAGUCAGGAACAUAACAGGAAUACAAUAACCAAAAAACAUAUAAAUAAAUACAAACAAGGCAGGAUAUAGCAUACUAAAAUACAGUUCAGAAACCGGAAUCAAGAUUAACAGCAGAUAAGAUAAUAUGAACAAGACUAGAUAUAAGGAUAUGUAUACAGCAGACAAAACCAGGGGAUGAACAGUUUAACCUGUUCAGGACGUCGGGCGUAUGCAU